CUGGGCCUCCGUGCAAUCACAACGCCGCGACCUCCAUUCAGACUUCUUAUAAUCAGGAUUUAAAAAUAGGGUUGUGUCGAGUGUGGACAGGAACCGUGGUGGAGACGUGUAUGAUCUGCUCUUCCUUCUACCAAUAACUGAGCACUCACUACCAGGGAGGUGUUCCGAGGAGCUCAAGCAGUGUGCGGAGCGGCUCCAAUAGACUAAGACUAGAGCGGCCCUCUGCAGUAUCCCAACACAAACCAGUACACUACCUACAGGAUGGACCUCAGACUGGCCAGUGCCUUGCUUCCCCUGGGCCUUCUGCUGCUCAUCAUCACACCGGGCACUUCAGCAGGGCCGGUGGGGGGGGCGGUUCCUAUCAGGGUGUCGGUGGAGGGACGCGGGCUGUCCAGCGAGGCUACGGGCUCCUACUCUGGCUCAGUGGUGGAGGGAGGGGUUCUGCUGGGGGCCCUCAAGAGACUGCAGCAGACGGAUCCAUCCUUUAGGUUCACGCUGAGGGAGGACCCCGACCACGGCCUGUUCCUGGAGAGUGUCAACGGAGUGGCGGGCAGCGGGCAGGCCCAGUCCUACUGGGAGCUGCUGUCGGCGGGCGCGCCAGGGGACCCCGCCCGGCUGGAUGCGGGUAUCGGCUGCUACAAGCCCAAAGCUGGUGAACACAUAAUUCUGCGUCUGAGCACCUGGUCCAAAGACUUAUAAACUAAUUCAUGGAUUGGGUUUGAUUUCAGUCUUUCAAGAAUAUAAGCAUAAAAUACUGUAUUUGUGAAUCUGCAGUAUAGCAUGCUGCACACAAGGAGAACAUGGACUCUGCUCGACUCAUGACCGCUUUAGACACGUGACCGUUGGGACUCUGCUUACUAGCGGCCUCUAGUGGCCCACAGGAGCUAUAGCGCUGAUGAUCAGACAAACAAAAUACGCUUACAGACAUAACAGACAAAUUACAGACAAUGAAAUAGAUUGUGUUUUGGGGAAUCUAGGUAAAUUAAAAAGCCUGGGUGUGUAUUUAAAUAAAUGCAUGCAAUGAAUAAAUGAUUACACAACAUAAACAUGACAUCAUUUAAUUGUCUUUUGCAUAUCUAAAACAUAUCUAACAUCAUAAUAAUAAUAAAAAAGCAAGAAAUGUCUGUCUCACAGCAGAAUAAUAAAUAUCUACAUAUCUGCAAAUCUCUCAUAGUGUCAAUUAUGUUUUAUGAGUUUCUUCUUAGUAAAAUCGUCCUAAUUACUAGCAU